CCCAAUGAAUCAAAUGCGACCAUCGAUAGCGAAACCCAGCAUUUCUCACCUAUCGCGCGUCUUCCCUACUCUCUCCCGGACGACCGUGCGCCGCCGCCGGGGCAAGUUCCGCCGCCGCAGCGCCGCUUGCUCCGUGCUGCAAGAAGCGAGGACCGAGAGGCUUUCCUCCCCGUUUCACGGCCGUGCGAGGCGUUUUCCCUUUCGCAGCCGGCGAUGGCGAUGGUUCUGCGGCGAGUCCUUCUCAACGGGAGGGCAAUUUCGUCGACCGGUGCCUCGCCGAUUGCGCAAUCGGAUUCGUUCGCUCCUGCAUUUUCCAGAUUCUUCUCCAAGCCCGCUCCAUAUGCGGUGAAGGUUGGGAUUCCGGAGUUUUUGCAGGGUAUUGGCAGAGGGGUUGAAGCCCAUGUUGCCAAGCUCGAGUCUGAGAUUGGUGACUUCAACAGGUUACUUGUUUCCCGCACACUUAAGCUCAAGAAGCUCGGCAUCCCUUGCAAACAUAGGAAGCUGAUAUUGAAGUACACCCACAAAUACAGGGUCGGACUAUGGAGACCUAGAGCUGCACCCAUGAAAGCUUAAGAGCGGUUCUGCCCAAAAAUUGCUGUAGUUGGCAACUGCCGAAGAGCUCUCCCCGUUAGAAAUGAUAUGAGUUAACUUCUAUUUUUGUGGACAGCUUCUUUGUAGUUCAGUUCAGAUUAAAUUGUAUUUUGUUUACUGCCUUCUAGUUCAGGAAACAAUCAGUUUAAGACUGUUCAAGCAACAUUCAUCUGCCAAGUUUUACUGUGGUGUAGAUUAUGUAAUCAGUCGAGGAAAUUGAUGUUUUGUUGGGGGAAAGAAAUAGUCGCCUUUGUUGUGUUCCA